GCCAAUCAUUGAGUUCCUUUCCACACAAUAAAGCUCACAAACAACUCUUUUUCUUUCAAUCUCUCUCUACACACAUACACCACAUCUUUCUCUCUCUCUCUCUUCUCUACGGUCGACACCCAAAAAAGCCCGAGCAAGAAUAUUUGCGAGAGCUGAUCCAUCUUUAAACCCCAUUGAUUGAUUGAGAGAUUCUGUCUUCAACUAGCCCUAACAGAAAGAGGGAAGGUUUCUCUCACAUUCUCUCUCUGUUCGAUUGAAUUUGGGCUUUUUCUGAAAUGUCUUUCAUGUAUACAUUCUUCAUCCCCGAGGAAGAAGAAGUAGAGUGGGAGAAAGAAAGAUAGAAACAAAAACAAAAAAAAAGAUCGAUUUUUUCUCAGUAUUUCUCGCCCAAUUUCUGUUCAAGAUCAUACAUUCAAGAACAAGAUUGUAAAAUUUCGUCUGCACCUUCAAUCUUUAUCCAAUAUAUUCAGCUGGGAUGUCGACGAGUAUAAUUAAUGAUUCAAUGGUGAUGGCAACCGGGUCGGAUGGGCCCGCAGUUAACGGGCCCAUGAUCGGGCUUUCGGGCCCAAUCGAGGUGGAUUUCGCGAAAUGCGAUUGCUGCGGGCUCACGGAGGAAUGCACGCUUUCAUAUAUCGAGACUAUUCGCGAAAGAUAUGGCGGGAAAUGGAUAUGCGGGCUUUGUGCGGAGGCCGUGAAGGACGAAAUCAUGCGGUGUCAGAAGCUGAUAAGCCCGGAUGAGGCGGUGGCCCGGCAUUUCAGCUUCUGCAGCAAGUUUCGGGCCUCCGGGCCCCCAGAGGACCCGACGGUGCACCUGAUUCGGGCCAUGAGGCGGGUCAUGAGGAAGGGGUUGGAGAGCCCGAAGUCGAUGAGGUCAAUGCCGUGUAGCCCGAGUAAUAAGAGGCGGGAGCUCGACCUAGAAGGCGCUGUGUUUGCUCGAUCGGAGAGUUGUAUGUCGAGUUUGACCCUGCCCGAUGCCUCUGUGUAUUGUGGGUUGGAUGAAAGUUGUGAAUGAGGCCAAAGGGUAAUAUGGUAAAACUUCAUAGUUGGGGGAAAGGCCAAAAAAGAUGAGGGCAAAAUUGUAGUGCUUGCUUAGUGUUUGAACAUAAUAAAUCAUAUUAUGGAAUGAAAUAAUAGUAAAUUAAUGUUAGUUAA